AUGCAGAUCGAUCCGGCGGCCCUGAGUCGCACAGACUCAUCUAAUCCGGCCAAAAGCGCGGCAUCCAACCCAUCGACGACGGUCAAGUCGUCCCGGACUCUACCUUCAGUGCCGCGCCUGGACCUGGAACAGACCUAUACCGAGCUGAAGGCCGCCAUCGGAGACAAAUGGGCCGAGUACAAAGAGUCUACGGCCUUCUUUCUACUAGGGCACUACAACCAAAAUGAAUACGCGUCGCGAGUCGAUCACUUUCUAUGCGCCGACACAAAACUUGAACAUCUACAUAAUAACUUCAUUUGCGCGAUCAUCGCAAACCUCACGCGCGACCUCCCCGACCAUGGCGUCGCAACUUGGGUCUCGGCUAAUGAUAAGCCGUCUAUGGUCUCCAAGCCCAUCUCCGGAGACGCUGCCGAACAAAGAUUGAAGACGGAGGUUAUGCAAUUACCUCCAAGGGAUCGUCGGAGGAUCAAGGCUAUCGCAGAGCGAGAUCCUACCGAUGCGGUUCCAAAUGAAUUGGAAAUAUAUCACCAGGCGAAGCAAAUCAAACUUCCAAGUCAAGUCCCCGCAAGCGCGGGCGGGCUGAACAAGACAAAUUGGGAGCUGGAAAUUCGAAAACGAUAUGCGCAGCCUCUCGCUGCAGACUCUGGCGAGUUCCCCGAUGCCGAAUCUAUCUACGCCCGCAUGGUCCCCAUGUGUUACGAAGAAUCACUCCCUGGCGGUGCUGGCUUGCCGUGCGCGGAGUUCAUGGCCGUUGCUACUGAAACCUUCGUCAAGGAUGUUCUCUCCGCGGUAUUCUCGCGCACUCGCUCCAAUGGUCCCUCGGGUACCAUCAACGGCAUGAUGAUGCGCAAGUACCGCCAACAACUGGAGCGUGAGGAACUUGCAUUCACACGAGGCGAAAUCGUGAAAGAUACCGCCACCGGGCUGCUCCCCAUCGAGGCUAAAGAGGCUGCAACUCGUCGGUCACUCGGUGUCGGGGAUCUUCGGCUCGCUUUGGAGCUGGGCCGUGGUGUCCUGGGCCAUAUGCCGCUAAUCAUUGAUCAGAUUAUGGGCGGAUACUUUGAAGAUGAGCUUGAGACGGAGAAGCAGGACCGGUUGGAGAACGGGGUGAGCGGAGCCCAAGAGACCAAGGCCGAGGCUAAUGAUGAUGACGCGAUGGAUGUGGAUGACGACGAUGAUUUUGCCCUUUCGGAUUGGGAAGGAGGCACGGCUCUUGAUCGUGAGCAACUGAGCAGCUUGCUGGACGAUUGUUUAUCGAUGGCUGCUUGA